CCACUGCCGGGUACACCACCAACACCCCGACUGAUCCAGUGGAGACGGAGUUUAGCCCACACUUAGAAAAUCUGGACUCUUUCCACAGUCUACAGAGCUGGCCUGGAAGACAGUUAGAAAGGACAUGAAGGACCAAGCUGAGAGAGAGAGGGAGCAUCUGAAUUAAGUUUGUUCUAGUUUCACCGUAAAAUGGAAAAUCGUUCAGGUAUGUCGACAUUGCUGACAUAGCCGCCGUCUGUUUCUGUGGAAAGUGGACUUUGUUUGUGACUCCGCCCUCAACGAAAAGUCACAGACCACAAACAACAGCUGAGGGGAAAGUUAGCUUCGAGCGAGAUCUCCAAAAGUGACAUCAUUAUGGUGUGCAUCCCCUUAAUUGCACGGCUAACUUUAGGCCUUGGCAGGCAUGCCAACGUACCAGCCUCCCCCUGUUCUUGUUUAAACCUACUGCAAAGAUACAGACACUAUAGCACUGCCUCAGCCAGUCAGAAAACCCCAUCCUUCAGCUAUGUCAUUAUUGGGGCCGGGUCAGCAGGCUGUGUGUUGGCCAGCCGCCUCUCAGAGAAUUCAUCUGAGUCUGUCCUCCUCUUGGAGGCGGGGCCUAAGGACUUGCUGCUGGGCAGCACUCGUCUGUCAUGGAAGAUCCACAUGCCGGCUGCAUUGACCUAUAACCUUUGUGACGACAAAUACAACUGGUUCUAUCACACAUUGCCCCAGGCUGGAAUGGACGGCCGAGUGAUGUACUGGCCGCGUGGUCGAGUCUGGGGCGGCUCAUCCUCCCUCAAUGCAAUGGUGUACAUCCGCGGGCAUGCUGAAGAUUACAACCGCUGGCACAGGGAAGGGGCUGAGGGCUGGGACUAUGAUCAUUGCCUGCCAUACUUCAGGAAGGCCCAAACCCACGAGCUGGGAGCAGACCGAUACCGGGGCGGCAGUGGUCCCCUGCAUGUCUCUCGGGGGAAGACUGAACACCCUUUGCACCAUGCAUUCAUUGAGGCUGGUCAACAGGCAGGUUACCCCUUCACUGAGGAUAUGAAUGGCUACCAACAGGAAGGAUUUGGCUGGAUGGAUAUGACCAUUCAUAAAGGCAAGAGAUGGAGCACUGCCAGUGCAUACUUGCGGCCUGCAUUGUCCAGACCUAAUCUGAAGGCUGAAGUCCGUUGCCUGACCACACGUGUCCUGUUUGAGGGGACUCGAGCCAUUGGAGUAGAGUACCAGCAGAACGGACAAACAAAGAAGGUGUUUGCUGACAAAGAAGUCAUCCUCAGUGGUGGGGCAAUCAACACACCACAGCUGCUCAUGCUGUCUGGAGUGGGAAAUGCUGAUGACCUGCAGAAACUGGACAUCCCCGUCGUGCAGCACCUCCCAGGUGUUGGUAGUAAUCUGCAGGACCAUUUGGAACUCUAUGUCCAGCAGCAGUGCACUCAGCCCAUAACUCUGUACAAGGCUCAGAAGCCAUUCCAUAUGGUUAAGAUCGGCCUGGAGUGGCUGCUCCAGUUCACAGGCUAUGGGGCUACGGCCCACCUAGAAAGCGGUGGUUUCAUUCGCAGUUGCCCUGGUGUCACCCACCCUGACAUCCAGUUCCAUUUUCUGCCCUCGCAGGUCAUUGACCACGGCCGCAUCAGCUCCAAAAUCGAGGCCUACCAGGUACAUGUUGGACCAAUGAGGAGUACGAGUGUUGGAUGGUUAAAACUGAGGAGCAAGAAUCCCCUAGAUCACCCUAUUCUACAACCUAAUUACCUCUCCACUGACAUAGAUGUGUGGGAAUUCCGCCAGUGUGUGAAACUCUCGCGCGAAAUCUUCGCUCAGAAAGCCUUUGAACCCUUCCGUGGUCCUGAAGUCCAGCCAGGCCCUGCCAUCCAGUCAGAUGCUGAGAUCGAUGCUUUCGUCCGGCAGAAAGCAGACAGUGCCUACCAUCCGUCCUGUACUUGUAAAAUGGGCCAGGAUUCGGACCGCAUGGCCGUGGUGGACCCGGAGACACGGGUGUAUGGCCUGGAGGGCCUGAGGGUGGUGGAUGCGUCUAUCAUGCCCAGCAUAGUGAGUGGCAACCUGAACGCCCCCACCAUUAUGAUUGCUGAGAAGGCUGCAGAUGCCAUUAAAGGGCUUCCCUCUCUCCAUGAUCCUGAUGUAGCUGUGUACCAGUCACCCAGUCUGGAGACACAAAGAUAAAAGUGCUGCCGUGGAAGGGAUAAGGUCCAGAGUGAGGAGUGCAUGGAGUGAGUACAUGGUAGAGUAGGCUUACUAAUGCUGAGCUGCCUUAAUAUUCAGUGAGCAUAUUUUUUUAUGAAUAGACUCAUUGGAAGCAAAUCUGUAGCAGGAAACACUUGCUUUAUGUUCAGAGGUCCUCAAUAAUUUGGACGUAAAAAAGGCAUAAUAAUGUGAUAAAACAGAAUAUUCAAAAUGAAGCAAAAAAUCUGUGAAAUCCUGCAGCAUGAAUUUACGUUGCGAUACCAUAUCAGUUUAGAAAAUUACACAGUUUGCCUUAUUACACAGAUUUGAAAGCUUGAAGAUUGCCAGAUCUUUAUGGGAACAAAUAAGCAUCUCCAGUUUCAACGUGAAGCAGAUAGUCCGUCUGCCUGUAGGUACACUGUUUAGCUAAAAUGGUACAUACGUGGGACUCAGAGGCUUAUUUUUCAGCAUUCUUGUGAUGUCUCUGACCUUUUAUCACACUACUAGAAUCAAAUUUAGUUCACAUCUAUUCUACAGUAAUGAAAUUUCCAAGGAACCCAGCAGAAAUGUGUGGUCUUGGCUUCCAGUGAAUUUUCACAAAAUACUCAAAACGGUGCCUUUGACGUCACUUUGUAUCUUCUUAUGUAGUGGUUACUAAACUUGAAUGUUUCCUUUACUGAUGUGUUUUGCACUCAUUUUAAAUUAUGAAGAUUCCGACUUCCGGCAUUGUAAGUAGAAAGGGAACGACACAAACAGAACACAGUAGUUCACUUCAUGUUUACACUAACCGAAGACUUUUACUAUUCAAUGUUCUUCACUGUUCACUGCAUAGUCUUAAUGUCUUCUUAACCAGUGCACUUCAUUCAGUGUUAUUAAUGAGAGUACAGUAUCUUUUACAUAGUUUUAGUGAUUGUGUUGGUUAUAAUGACACUGUCUUAAAUAUGAAUAAGGAUCACUGAGCUGCUGUAUUGAGAAACAGGAAUAUCACUAGGGCUGUGAUGUGAUGAAAUUUUUACCAAGAUAGUAAUACAUUUUUUUUUAAGAGAUUUUAAAGUUAUUAAUCACUACCAUGUCAUGUUUUAUGCCUAAGUUAAAUACAUAUAUAAAAAUAAAAGAACUUAAUCUGCACACUUAAUCUUAAAUAUACAACUACAACCACAUUAGUCCAUAGUCUGAAGAUGUGAAACAUUUCUGCGUCUGUGCCUAAGAAUGGACAUUAUGUAAUGUAAAUAAUCAGAUGCCAGUAAAAUGGAAUAUGCAAAGGAGAAAGGGUUAUGCAAAGUGGUAUGAAAAAUGUUUACGUGUCUUUUUUUUAUUUUUGGUACCGCUGUUGUUUCUUGUGAACUCUUGUGAACUCACACUAACAUUUCUUUUUUUGUUUGUUUGUUUUUAACACAGUUUAUUUAAUUAUAAAAUAAUCCAGGCCAAGAUGAACAAGAGAGAAAAGCUAAUGUACAAAAACAAAUUGUCCAUUGGUACAAAACUGACAGUGCUGGGCAAAGAGCUACGGACAGAUUUUGGAGUAGUCGGGCUAAAAACAGAAGAAAGAGUAGAGAUUUCAAGUACAAGUACACAAAAUCACUAUAUGAAAAUAAACACUUUCAUUAUACUUUUUACAUUGUCUCUUUCAAAUCAUCUUUGUAACAAUUUGACUAACUCAUAAUAAAGCUGAUUUACGAUGUGAAA